AUGACGAGAAUUACCCCACUUCUCGAGACGGAACAGACACCUACUACCUCGAAGCCACAACGUAUAUCUUCACAUAUAACACUCCAGGCUCCGCUUUCAAGGAGAGGAAGAGGGCCAGGACUGGUGCUUGUGCUGGAUCAUUAUGCGGAGAUUGGGCCGAGUGAGAAGUAUUUGGAUCCACCGCCGUUGCAGAAGUGGGCGGAAGAAGGGUUUGCUGUUGUGCAGGUAUGCAAUGAAGCCGAGGACGGCGGAGAGUUCCCGCUGCAAAAAGCGCUAGAUGCCCUCAAAAACUGUGAUGGAUGCGAGUUUGAGAAAGGGGUUGGUUUAAUUUCGUACAUAUCGCGAAUUCCUUACUAUGUCGAGGAAGCCGCAUGCCAAAAUCCAGCUAUCAAAGCUCUCAUAUCCUACGGUGGCAGAAAAUUCGUUUCUCUCAGCUCUACCAACCAACCACCCCAGCUGGUCCAUACAUCCGGUCCUCCAUUCGCUCACCGUCGCCAGUCGUCAUCGGAAUCCGUUGGCAUCUCCCCCAGUAGUGUCAAGACAUACCGCUACGAGGAUGCAGAAAAAGAAUCCGGCUGGAUCCUCCCCAGCGACCCAAACUACCACAAACGCAACGCCGGAAUAGCGCACACCAGAAGUCUAACAUUCCUCAAAACAUUCCUGGGGGGCCCUUACUUUGACCUCGAAGCCGUAUGGGAAGAACACACAAAAUACGAGUUCGGUGAACGAGACGUAGCCAAAACAAUGGCAACAAUGGUUGACCAACCCUAUGUCAACCACAUCCCCACAAUGACCGGCGGAAUAGGCAAAUCAAACCUAACCUCCUUCUACACCCACCACUUCAUCUUCAGCAACCCCCCAGACACCUCCCUCACCCUCAUCUCCCGCACCGUAGGCAUCGACCGCGUAAUCGACGAAUUCAUCUUCACCCUCACCCACACCAGCACCGUCCCCUGGCUCCUCCCGGGUAUCCCUCCCACCGGCAAACGUCUCGCCAUCCCUUUUACGUCCGUCGUCGCGCUGCGCGGCGAUAGACUGUGCCACGAGCAUAUUAGCUGGGACCACGCCUCGCUGCUGAAGCAGUGUGGGUUGCUGCCGGAGUACGUGAGGUUUCCGUAUCAGAUCGAGGGCGAGACCGUGCCGAGCGGGAAGAGGGUUGAGGUGCGAUUGCCGGUUGUGGGCGAGGAGGGGAGUAGGAAGUUGGGCGAUGAGGGGACAGAGGUGAGUAAUGCGUUGAUGGAGGGUACGUGGCGGGUUGUUGAUGAUGUUUGA